AUGUGGGGAUAUUUGCUAUUUAACAACGAAUGGAAGUAUCCAAUAAAUGGGAAGAAAUUUGACGAGUUAGAUCUUUCACUAUAUCGAAGUGCCAAGAGGAAAACUGUGAUUAAAUACAUUGUUAUUAUUUGGUGCCAAUGGUUUUUACAACUUACGUUGUUUCUUUCCGAUGUGUACACAUGCAUUAAAUUGAUAGCAUUCAACACCUGGUCCAAUAACUAUGUCAAACCAUUUCUUUCCUUUAAGAUAACAAGAUGGUUGUUCAGUGGGUGCAUUCUUUUCUCUAUAGUUUUGCUGAUUUGGGAAUUGAUCAAUGGGAUUAAAAUCUUGAAGACACAAAAUAUUUCGUUUGCUUACAUUAAUACAUGUUCUAAGACAAUAUAUUGUUUGACUAACUAUUCAAUUUACUGCAUCUUUGACAAGAUAACACCGAGUGGUGUGUUCCAAAGGUUGGCUUUUUUCAUUUAUUUCGAAUUAAAAAGCUCAUUUAGAUUGUUAUUUGCUGAUUCACCAAGACAAGUCAUCAAUGGUCUGACGUUAUGGUCAAUUUUAUUGGCAGACAGCAAUUGGAGUUCACAAGCAAAUGGUACUAGUAGUUUAAAUGGCCUGGAUUCGAUUCAUGGCAUAAUAAAGAGGUUCAAAACCAUUGCAGAAAAUAAUUCUGAGGAGGCAAUCAUAUUGGCAUGCAUGACCGUUUCAUUUUUUAUUUGGUUUCUAUUCAUUGUGAAAUUUUUCUUCGCCAUAUUUUGUUGUUUCAUAAUAUAUUAUAAAUUACUACAUGAGUUUAAAUUCAGUAGUUUGAAAGAGUAUGUGUGUAUAACAAUAAGUUAUAACAUUGAUUAUUUGACUGAGAAAUAUAAAUUUAAGAAAUUCUAUAUGGAGGUUAACACAUUGGCAAAUGAAAAAUAUCAUGGAAAUUUCGAGGAUGAUUAUGAAGAGACUGAUGAGUCUUUCAUGUACGAUACCUCACAUUUUGAUGAUGAGAUGAUUCGAAGUAGUUUGGUCAAGACCCCCGACACAAUUCCCAGCUAUUACUAUGAUAACGAGCACGCUCUGAAGACGUCGAAUACAGAUAUGAUGUUGUGGGAGUAUCUGAAACCAAGAAGAAACAAUACACUGACAACUUCUUAG